GUUUCCUGUUUGUGUCACAUGCAUAGAGUGCCGGUGAAUAAACCAGGGAAAUUGAAGAAAAUUGCAGUCAACGUAAACGUUCGCUGUCUAAUAAUAAACGGAAAACGACUUCGCCACGACAGCAAUAUGGUUAACAUUAAAGUGUGAGAUUCAUGGGCAUGUAUUGUUCAGCAAUACUGUCACUCGGGAAAAGGUCUGCCCGGCAGCAGAUGGUCAUCUUGCUCAGCCCAGCAGUGUUCAUCGGGAGCGGCUAACCGUGAAGCAGCAUGUCCAAUGGGAACGAGUCCUGCAUGUUAGGGAAUGGCUCCUCCGGCUUCAUGUCAUGCUUGAUUCUACUCUGGGAAGAGUGGGUCGGUGUGGGACACCUGGAGGACUACCUCAGCUACCUAGAGUACCUGCUGUGGGUGUUCACACCCCUGGCCAUCGUCUUCAUCCUGCCCUUCCUCAUCGUGAUCCUGCUGUAUCUCUCCAUACUCUUCCUGCAUGUGUAUAAGCACAAGAACCAGCUGCGGGAGGCCUAUUCCAACAACCUGUGGGAUGGCGCAAGGAAAACCUUGGCAACUCUCUGGGAUGGUCACGGAGCCAUAUGGCAUGGUUAUGAGAUCCAUGGGUUAGAGAAGAUCCCAGAUGAAGGAGCUGCCCUUAUAGUCUACUACCAUGGGGCUAUUCCCAUUGAUUAUUACUAUUUUCUGGCAAAUGUUAUCAUUCAGAAGGGACGCACCUGUCAUUCCGUGGCAGAUCACUUCCUGUUCAAGGUUCCUGGCUUCAAGCUGCUGCUGGAGGUGUUCAGUGUGAUCCACGGGCCGCAGGAGGAGUGUGUGAAGGCCCUGCGCAGUGGCCACCUGCUGGGCAUCUCUCCCGGCGGCGUGCGGGAGGCACUCUUCAGCGACGAGACCUACCCACUGCUCUGGGGCAAGCGCAAGGGCUUUGCUCAAGUGGCCAUCGACUCCCAAGUGCCAGUAAUUCCUAUGUUUACACAGAAUGUUCGAGAAGGAUUUCGCUCUCUUGGAACAUUAAAAUGUUUCAGAUGGUUGUAUGAAAGAUUUCGCUUCCUGGCUCCUGUGUACGGAGGUUUCCCAGUCAAAUUCCGUACUUUUCUCGGUGAUCCCAUUCCAUACGAUCCCAAACUUAACGCAGCAGAGUUGGCAGAGAAGGUGCACGAAGCUGUUCAAGCACUUAUAGAUCAACACCAAAAAAUCCCGGGUAAUAUUCUUCGAGCUCUUCUAGAGCGUUUCCACAGACGACCGAAAGAAGCCUAGUCACUUCCAAUGUAUCAGGUCACUUCCUGUGUAUCAGGUCAUUGUUAAUUCAGCACUACAAGUGGACGUUGGCACUAAGGAUUGAUGUAUGUUACUGAUAUGGCUCAGCAGCACUAACUGGUAGUUGUCUGUGACACAAAGCCACAUUUAUAAUAAGAUGUGUCUAUAGAGAAUCAAAAUGACUGCUCAACUAGUAAUAAGUGUGUGUGUGUGUGUGUGUGUGUGUGUGUGUGUGUGUGUGUGUGUGUGUGUCAUCAUUUGGAGAUUGGUCUUUAAUUUAUUUGCACAAUUUGCUUUGUUUAAAGGACCACUGCCAAAUUAGUUGAUUUUGUGAAAAGCCUUAUGUUUAUUUUAUAAAUGUUCAACUUAAAAAGAGGUCAGUGUUUUUUUUUUAAUGGAUCUGUGUGAAUAACUGAAUUGGUGAAAAAUGGAACUAUAACCGUAUUAGUGUGAAAUGUAUUUGUAAAAAACAGUGUGUUGAAUCAAGUUGUUAUUUAAAUUCAUGUUGACUUGAUUUGCCCCUCCACCAAAAAAAGUAUGAUGUAAUAAAUUCACAAUUUUAUUUCUAUCAGAGGGCACUCAAUCUCAAUGUUUAAAAAAUGAAUAAAUGUAUAUUUCACAGAGAAUCAGUUGUAUGAUCAAGUUUGCAUGUGAUCUAUUUGUAAAUCAUCAGUUAUAUAACAAAUAUCUUAUUUUUUUUCUUUAUUUGACUUACACCACACCUGUAAAUGGCAUCAUGUAGAAAUGAUAGGGACAUAUCUAUUUUUAUCAAUCACUGUAUUUGACUGCACUACAGUGGUAAAGUGUUUAACUAUCAUGGUUUAUGCUCUGAGACCCCUAUGUCUCCUCUAAUGCUAAUCAAUAAUGAUGCAAGUACAGUAAUAUUACAGCUUUGUUGUGAAAAUGUACAUUCCUAAUGAACAAGUCUAUUUUAAUGAGGGGAAAUAUGGUAAUUGUAAUGGAUAUGAUCAAGGUGUGUUUCUUUUUUGAAUUUAGAGCCUAAUCCCUUUCUUUGCUCACAAUCUAUUGUGAGCUGCCCAGAAACAGAACAGCAGAAGGUGGACAGUUUAAAGGACCACCUUUAGCCAGGUGAUUUUAAUAUGUUUUGGUCUCUUGUCAGGUGAUUUUAAUAUGGUUUGGUCUCGUCAGAAGCAUGCAGCCUCACAGGAGCAUGGCAAGUUUGUGAUUUUAUGAUUACUACAUGUGACUCGGAAGCACACAUUCAUUACACUGUGUAAAUGUUCACACUUUAAUAUACAUAUCACAGAAGAAAUUGUGUGUGUGACGAAAACCUGGUGUUGGCCCUUUUGAAUCUUUGCUAUUUACUGAAAACCUCAGUGCAUUAACAGUAAAUCAAGAAAUGUUGAAUUUAAAACAAUUAAAACAUAUUUUUAUAAA